CGGCGCCAAUCAGAGGGCGGCUGGAACACAACAACCAAUCAGACACCAGAGGCUCCUUCCACCUCUCAGUUCCCGGCCGCGCAACCGCUGGUCUGUGGCGCCGGGUGGGACAAUGGGGACUCUGCUGCAGCUGGCAAGAUGGGGCCUCUUCGGCCGUAGUCUCUCUCUGGUCCAGACCGCGAGGAGCCUCCACUGUGGGGUCUCUAGCUGGAUCCAUGUGAAGUUGCCCCCUGAACCUAAAGAGGUUGAUCGCUGGACAGAGAAACGAGCCUUAUUUGGGGUCUAUGACAAUAUAGGAAUUCUAGGAGACUUCAAGGUUCACCCCAAGGACUUGAUCACAGGGCCCAGGUGGCUGCGAGGCUGGCGGGGAAAUGAGCUACAGAGAUGCAUCCGCAAGAAGCAAUUUGUAGGUCACCGAAUGUUUGAUCAGGAUUACAAGAACCUUAACAAAAGGAUCAGGUUCCUGUACAGACGUUUCAACCGCACUGGAAAGCACCGCUAGGAGCAGACCUGUGAGAGCCAGCCAUGUGCCUCCUGGAAGGAAUGGCAUCCUGGGUGUAACAGGUUUAGCACCUGGAGCUGUGUACAGAUUGGGGUGCUGUAAAAUCGUAAUAAACUGAGUUUCUCUUCUACAACCACCUUCUACCUCUGAUCCCACUUGAAGCUCAGUUCCAACCCACAGUCCCUCUUGCUUGUCCAGUCCUGAGCUCCCUUUGCACGCCUUUCCUGAUUAUUCCUUCACCACCACCACCCUUAAAUUUCUCUUCUUACUGCUUCCUUUAGUUUGGAUCCCCAUAUUGCUCUAUUGCAACCCCUCCCUGUAGUAUCUGGUUUCCACACCAAUCUUAAUAUUGAAAUGACACAAAACAUUAAAUGUUUUCAAUUAUCAGCA